CGUGAGCUAAAAGUUUGUGACUGGUGAGUGCUUGGAGCUACAGUUGGAAACUUCAUCAUAAUUCAUAAUUUUCAAGGAGAUGUUUAGAAGGGAAUGGAGGCUUGAGCAUCCGAACUACAUACUCGCAAAGAAUCUGAAAAGUCUGCAAACAAAAUACAUGGAGGAGGAAGGAGAGAAAAGUCCUGCCCCGGCCUUAUCCGUGCUCCAAAGAAUAGACCGCCUCGGUCAUUUGCUACAGGCUCUGGAGGAGAGGCAGAACUCAUCAGCAAGAUAUCCUUCAGGCCUGGCCGUGGAGAAAAUCAGAACAAAAGAACAAGAUCAUUGCAAGGCCAUAUCAUCUGCACUAGAGGAAGCUCAUCACAAAGGGACAUUGAUGGAUCGAGUGGCGAUGCUCGAGGACCGAGUCUUACAGUUGAGCCUAGAGAUUGAAGUCGGAAACAUUUCAAAGUCAAGCUAUUCCGUCGUCCCGACAACAACUGAAAAGGUCGAUCAUUGCACUUCAGAAUUGGCCGUGGUUGCCACGGAGAGUGCGGAUUCGAAGGAACACCGACAAGAGAACCCACAUGCUCUCUCGACACAAGAAAAGGGCUGUGCAGACGAAGAAGCAUGUGUUGAAAAGACAAAAAUAGCAGGAAGCCAGAAAGGCAAGAGGCGGUCAAUGCUGGGGAGAAGUAAUUGCUUUGUGUGGUGGUCUAGACUGGGAUGUUGAUUCUCUCUCUC